UUUAUAGUUGAUACAUGUCAAUGUCAUGAAUAUAUGGGACAAUUUUGUUGGUACGAUGCAAAUAAAAUUGGUCAAAAUUCUGAUCGCAAAGAGGACCGGUAUUUAUUGAAAGGAAACUGUAGGCGCGAUACUAUCUACUAUUGCGAUCCUAAAGAGUAUAGGGAUAAGAAAAAUUUGGUACCCAAGAAAACUACUUGCGCUGAUCAUAAUAUUUGUUUUAAAAAUGGUCAUACUACUGCAAUUUGUAAUAGUGGCCCCACUAAAGUUACAAAACUUCAUGAUUCUCUAUGCAACAAUCAUAUUGGUAUCUAUUGUGGCCAUACAGCCAAUAGACUAAUCAAUGGCCAGAUAACACUAAAAGGAAAUUGUUUAAGUAAUACUUUGUACUAUUGUGACCAGUUUGCACAAUUUGGACCGGCACUAUAUAAUCAAACAUGUACAAAUAAUAAUAAUAAUAAUAAUAAUAAUAAUAAUAGUUGCUAUCAACAUAUGAGUGGUGGUAGUUGCGAUAGGAAUAGUGGGAAAGUGGGUACAUUACGGGUAUCUAAGUUUGUCUAA